CGCCCACCUGUAGUUCUCUCUAAGGACUUUUCACUUUACUCACCCCUUAUAUGCAAUAUACGGCCACAAAUCAUAAAGACACACAUUCUGCCUUAUAUAUACUUUAUUAUGGAUACUAUUUGCUCCUUUAUUCAAUGACCUGGUGGAACUGUUUUAGAUAUUUCCCAGGUUUAAUCCAACGAUGCUAAGCAAUACGCUACUUACUUCCGGGUUUGCGGAUCACGCCUCGUUUUGAACUGCAGCGGGUUUGAUUGGUUUGUAUGUGACUGCUUCCUGUUUCUGCACGUGGGCACUGAGCAUGCGUAGUACGGCACCGAAAGGAAACGUGUUUGCGGUGGCCAGAUGUGGAUGGUUUUAUUUAUUUUUUAAGAACCAGCUAAGAACAUGUUAAAGUCGAAGACAUUUGUGAAGAAGACUCGCUCCGGCGGCAUCUUAAAAGUUGUCAGAGAGCAUUACCUGAGGGAUGACAUUACCUGCGGGUGCCAUGGAUGUGACCAGUGCCAGCAGGAGAGCCCUGUGCUGCAGAUGGAGCCUGUGCUGCAGAGCACUCUGUGUGAUGCCCCCCACUACAUCCUGCCUGACACUAAUGUACUACUGCACCAGAUUGACAUCCUUGAGGAUCCUGUGAUGCAGAAUGUCAUCUUAUUGCAGACUGUUCUUCAGGAAGUGAGGAGUCGUAGUGCACCAGUAUACAAGAGAAUAAGAGAUUUGACUAAUGAUCAAGAAAAGUAUUUCUAUACAUUCACUAAUGAACACCAUCGGGAAACCUAUAUAGAACAAGAACAGGGGGAAAAUGCUAAUGAUCGAAAUGACAGAGCAAUUCGUACAGCAGCAAAAUGGUAUAAUAAACAUUUGCAGAAAUCUGCAAAUCUUAAAAACCUGCAAGUACUAUUAAUAACAAAUGACCGCGGCAACAAAGAGAAGGCAGUGGAGGAAGGAAUUGUAGCAUUUACAUGUGAAGAAUACAUUAAAAGUUUGAUUGCUAAUCCUGAACUUGUGGAUCGUCUUGCUUGUGUGUCUGAUGAGAAGAAUGAUAUAGAAAAUGGAAGAAUAAUUUUUUCAGAGCAUCUUCCCCUGUCAAAAUUACAACAAGGUAUAAAAUCAGGAAUUUAUCUUCAAGGGACUUACAGGGCAAGCAGAGAUAACUUUCUGGAGGCCACAGUCUGGGUUCAUGGAGAUUCUGAGGAGAACAAAGAGAUACUCCUUCAAGGGUUGCGAAACAUUAACAGAGCUAUGCAUGAAGACAUUGUCGCUGUACAGCUAUUAGAAAAAGAGAAUUGGGUGGCCCCAUCUUCGGUGGUCUUGCAGGAUGAAGGGGACAGUGAUGAUAUAAACUCUGUAGAGGAAAAAGAAAAGCUGUUAAAAGCUGCUGAAAAGAAAUCUACAAAACCUUCAGGAAAAGUUGUAGGAAUUAUAAAGAGAAACUGGAGACCAUACUGCGGUAUGCUGGCCAAGUCACAGCUUAAAGAGUCUACUCGGCAUUUGUUCACACCAGCUGAUAGGCGGAUUCCUCGUAUACGUAUAGAGACGCGGCAAGCAGCUACUUUGGAAGGGCAGAGAAUCAUAGUUGCAAUUGAUGGUUGGCCAAAAAAUUCCAGAUAUCCUAAUGGUCACUUUGUAAAGAACUUGGGUGCAGCUGGUGAUAAGGAGACAGAAACAGAAGUCUUACUUCUAGAACAUGAUGUUCCUCAUCAGCCAUUCUCACAGGCUGUUCUCAGUUUCCUACCUAAAAUGCCCUGGUCCAUAACUCCAGAGGACAUGAAGCACAGAAAAGAUCUGAGGCAUCUCUGUGUGUGUAGUGUGGAUCCUCCUGGUUGUACUGACAUUGAUGAUGCAUUGCACUGUCGAGAGCUUGAAAAUGGCAUGCUUGAGGUUGGAGUUCAUAUUGCAGAUGUGAGCCAUUUUAUAAGACCUGGAAAUGCCCUGGACCAGGAAGCUGCAAAUAGAGGAACCACUGUAUACCUUUGUGAAAAGAGGAUUGACAUGGUCCCAGAACUUCUCAGUUCAAACCUAUGUUCUUUAAGAUCAGAUGUUGAUAGGUUGGCAUUUUCCUGCAUUUGGGAGCUAAACCUUAAUGCCGAAAUCAUCAACACAACAUUUACCAAGAGUGUUAUCAAUUCAAAAGCUUCCCUUACCUAUGCAGAAGCACAGAUGAGAAUUGAUUCCCCCAACAUGAAUGAUGAGAUUACCAAAAGUCUCCGUCUGCUGAAUAAAUUAGCAAAGAUUUUGAAGAAGCGGAGAAUAGAUAAUGGAGCUUUAACGCUUUCUUCACCUGAAGUUCGAUUUCAUCUGGAUAGUGAAACCCACGACCCAAUAGACCUUCAGACUAAGGAACUGAAGGAAACCAAUUCAAUGGUGGAAGAAUUUAUGUUGCUUGCAAAUAUUUCAGUGGCGCAGAAAAUUUAUGAUGAAUUUGCAGAAUAUGCUCUACUACGUAAGCAUCCAGCCCCACCGCCAGGCAAUUAUGACAUUCUUGUAAAAGCUGCACGCUCUAAGAAUUUAGAGAUAAAGACUGACUCUGCCAAGGCUCUAGCAGACUCUUUAGAUAAAGCGGACAGUGCAGAAUUUCCUUACUUGAACACAUUAUUAAGAAUCUUGGCAACUCGCUGCAUGAUGCAGGCAGUAUACUUCUGCUCUGGAAUGGACAAUGACUUUCAUCAUUAUGGUCUAGCUUCUCCCAUUUACACACAUUUCACUUCACCCAUCAGAAGGUAUGCCGAUGUCAUAGUACACAGGCUUCUUGCUGUAGCAGUGGGUGCAGACUCCACUUAUCCAGACCUUACAGAUAAACAUAAACAAGCGGAAAUCUGCAAAAAUAUCAACUUCAGGCAUAAAAUGGCUCAGUAUUCACAAAGGGCGUCUGUUGCCUUUCACACUCAGCUCUUCUUUAAAACAAAAGGAAUUGUGAAUGAAGAAGGAUAUAUCUUGUUUGUUAGGAAAAAUGCAAUAGUUGUUUUGAUCCCAAAGUUUGGUCUAGAAGGGACAGUGUUUUUCGAGGGAAAGAACAAAGCAAAAUGCCAUCUGAUUUUCAAUGAUGAGAUUCCUUCUCUAACUGUGCAAAAUACAUCUUUCUACAUGUUUGACAAAGUAAAGGUCAAAAUUAGUCUUGAUGCAUCCAACAUCCAGCACCAGAAAAUCUGCAUGGAUCUAGUAGCACCAGAGAUUCCAGGCAUUACCUCAACUGCGAAUGACCAAGGGAAUGGCGAACCAGCAUCCAAGAAGAGCAAGCUUAAAAAAUAGGAUUGUAGAGAAAGCAAAACAUUUUAUAAAACAAGGACAUUUUAAGUAAUUUUAUUAUUUUUUUAGCAAGUUGUCUCAAUCUGCAAGUGCUCAGUUCUUUGGAUCCUACCAACUUAAUGUGAACUUUGUAAUUUUUUCAAACUAUAACAUUAUAAAUGCAACUUCUGCAGAAAAUUUGUAUUCCAUUGAGUUGCAUUUUAUAAAACAAAUGUCCACCCUUUUUUUUAUUACAUUUUAUUUCAAACAACUUAAAAACCUGGUGAUUCAAAGGGCAUUUAAGAAAAUAAUCACAAAAAAUUACUUUAUUCUAAUUGGACAAUUCUGUUUUUUGUGGUAUAGUUCAAACUAAUGCUAUUUACAUUUUUGCUCAAAACUUCGGGGGAGAGAAAUAAAAAUUGUCUAGUUCUUAGGGCUCGUUCACAUUGCUGUCUGA